AUGAUUUUUCCUGUUGCCAUUUAUGUUCAAAUUUUCAGUUCCAAUCACAGAGCUUUGGGAACUGUUUCUGAAUACCUACAAGGUGGUCAAGAAUCGAUGGCCGCAGUACAUAACAAAACCCCUUCAUCUCAAUAUUCUGGGAAUGCUCGGGGACUUCACUUAAGAUUGGCGGCCUUCGAUGAGCUUUAG